AUGGACCCAUUGAAAAAGAAAAUUAAUAAUAUUGAUCUGGUUCAUAAUGACUUGCCAAAUCAUCAAUCACAUCAACCCCCACAUAUGAUCAACGGUCAUGUAGGUAAUGUUGUUGGUAGUCAUAGCCAACCAAACAACCACAACAAUCACCAAGGCAAUCUUAACAAUAGUCAUGGUGUAAAGUUAGAUAGAAGCUCACCCACUGAAACUGCCUACAAGAAAAAGAGAAUCGUUCCCUCAAAGGCAGCCGGAGUGUCAAGACAGAAUGGCGGACUGCUCUGUGCCCAUAGCUCCAGAGAGCUGAGAAGGGUGUCUGCAUACUGUGUGUCAGACUCACUGAGUCUGAACCAAUCAUUUCACCACAUCGACCAAAUUGGUCUGAAUCCGAUUGAGCACAAGGAAUUCUUUUAUUUCACUCUCAAGCGCGAGCCAGAGGCACCUCCAAUGGAUAUCCCGAUUCCAGUUCCCACUCCGAUCGAUGAUCCAAUUGGUAACCAAAUUCCUACUAUCAAACUUGAUAACAGCAAUAACACUGGCAACAUUGUUGGAUCCGUCCAUAAUAAUAAUACUAAUAGCUCUCUCGAAGGUGCAAACUUUCUUCCACAUCUACCAAAACCAAUCGCUCAAAACCAUCAACAUCCUCAGCAACAGCAUAAACUACAACCUCCUAUCUAUUGGAAUGGAGAUCUAAACGAUCAAAUCUAUGAUCCCUCCAAAUUGAAUCCACCAUCGUCACCAACGAUUGAUUCCGAUAAUGUUCCAGAGAGUUUCUUGAUGGAGCCAAUCUUUGACUUGACAAGGGACUACGGAUACAAUCACAAUGAGAACGGAUUGGUAGUUAUUUUCGAAUAUGGUGUAGUUGUAUUCUGGGACUUGACUCCGUCCAUAGAAUUCAAAGUUAUAAAGAUGUUGGACCCUUUCAGAAUUGAGCCACUCGAUCACAAGUUGGUAGACGAUAUGAAGUUUGAAUAUUCCAAUGGUAGUCAGACAUCUAUUUUCCAAGACAAGAUCUCAUUGGACAGAGAAGAUGUAUACGUUAAGAUUGCAAUGAGUCAUUCGAUUUCACAAUCGGUCAAACUAUCUUCAUUUGAAGAGAAUCUAGAGAAAAUCAUUGUCGAAACCAAACAAGUACCUGUUCAUCUUUCAAAAGAAGGAAAAAUUUGUUUAUCACAAAAAAGAGUUGGACAACUGUUGGGUAAUUUGUACAUUCAAAAGAAUGCCAUAAAUCUACAUUCCAACUUACUUGAUACACCAGAGUUCUUUUGGGAGUACCAACAAUAUGAGAGUUAUCAUCAUCUAACCGAGAAAUACUUGGAAAUCAAACCUAGAGUGAGAACAUUGAAUCAUAGAUUGAUGGUUGUAAGAGAUCUAAUUGAUAUGUGCAGAGCUGAUAUUGAUGCAAAAGGUACUAUAAUAUUAACAAGUGAUAUAUCCAUUAAAUUACUAAUCAACUUUAAUUAA